ACAGGAAGUGAUAUAUGAGAGCAUGAGAUUUUGCUACAGGGUCAGCUGUGCUGCUUCACACCCACCACAUUGCCUGGUGACAACAGCACAAAAGUCAAAGCGAGGCUAUGGUGCCUGAGUCAGCUGCUGCUGACACUGUGUCACUGAUGCUUGAGACCAGGGAUGAUGGCGACCGCAAUGGAGCAGCCCCUCAUCGAGAAUAUGGAAGUUGUGGUGGAUGGACUUUCCACACAUCAGGCACUCUCUGACUUGCGGGACAGUCUACAUCAGGCUUUGUCCAACUUCAACCUGCAAAGGCAAGCCAGACGAAGCUGGAAGGGACUAUGGAGACAGAGUUUUCUGCACCAUUCAAGUCGCUGGUCCAGUCUCCACUGGCCGGGAGCCCUGCUCAUGUUGCUAGCCGCGGUCAUGCUGCUUUGUUGUCAUGGAAACCAACUACCAGACAGCUGCUGGACACAGGCGCUCAGUGGUGUCUCCCUGCUUGGACUUCUUCUGCUUAGUCUAGCUGGCCUUAGCCUGCAGCAACACCUCUUGAAGGCUCAGGAGCCAGUGAGGCAGGUUCAAGCUGUGAUCAACAUGGUCAACGCUCUUCUCUGCAGUCCUGCUUCAUGUGGUGAUGUCCACUAUCCCGAUCUGCUCACUCCUCCUUCCCAAUCCAUCUCACUCCAGUGGACUUACAGAGAUGGUUGUUUGGUGAACUUGCCUGUUAGUCUGCUGGUCAAAGGUGAUAUUGUGGUUCUGAGGCCAGGGCAGGAAGCCCCCACAUCUCUGAGGGGCUUACAGGAAAAGGAGCAUGUUGUUUUGGAAAGGGGAGACAUCUUUUGCCAUUUCUCCUCUCCACCCUCUCCCCUGGACGGUGACAAGCCAUGUUCUCACCACGUGCUUCAACCUCAGCCCUUCAGAGUGACCAAGACACCAAUCGUAGAGAGUGUCCAGAGGUAUCUGGAGCUGGGAGACCAGAGGCCGGUAUCCGUAUUGGAUAAUGAGCGCUUUACAGCUCAGACAAUUCUGGAGAAAGUAGUUGCUCCACUGGUUCUGGCAUUGCUGUUCAUCAUCAACUGCACUCGUUAUUUUUUUGAUGCCCCUGGCUCAGGACCCUGGCAGUUAAUGCUCCUUCAGUUGCAGGUGAAUGGAAUCCUGCCAUUGCUCCCUCUAACUUUUCCUUUGCUGUGGCUGCUGCUGAGCCUGUAUGGUGCAGCCCGAGUCUUACGCCAAGUGAAAAAACCUCCGGCAGGAUGGCUGCAAUCUUGGAGGGAGUGUCUCAAAGUUCUGUGUGGGUGCUCGUUGGCAUGGGGUCACAACACCAAUCUCCUGCACAGUCUUGGCUCUGUCACGGUUCUGUGUUGUGUGGAUAAGCAAGGAAUCCUCUCGUUCCCAGAGCCAAGUGUGGACAAGGUGCUCUUCUUCACAAGAAAUAGUCUUCCUCCACAAGAAAGGGGUACUGGAACAGCUGAUGGACAACAGAAACAAAGCUCCAUGAAGGUGUUGAGUUUGUCACAGGACAGAGAAACACUAAUGGGUGUGCAGUUUGAUGACCCUCGAUGGCAACAUUACAGCUCAUCUCUCAGACCGCUGGGCCUGGGCACCCUGCUAGGCCUGUGCAACUCAGUAGCUGUAGCCAACAUCUGGCAGUUGACUGACCAUCUGUCCAAUGUUGCUCUCUUCAGAAGCUGCCCUAGCUGUCCCCCCAUCCAGAUGCCUUGGGGGACAUGUGAGCUUGCUAAAGUCUUAGGCUUCUCCUCCCAUGGGAAAGAUGCCUUCCAGCAGCAGAUGAGCUUUGCGGUGUACAAUAUAAAUACAAGUCUCAGUUCAAUGGAUAUGCUGCCAUGGCACCUUCCACCAGUGACUAGGAGAAAACUGCCCCUGAGCCAUGCUAUCUGCCUCAUCUUCCAUGACACCACCACAGACACUCUGCAGCUCUUCUCGAUCGGCUCAGCAGACACAAUCUUGAGAGAAUGCACCGACCUGUGGGAUGGAGCUGACAUCCAGCCGCUCACAGACUCUGUUAGGAAAAAGGUGUUGGACUUUCAUCAGAGAGCCUGCAUUGCAGGGCAGUGUCUUGCCAUAGCCUUUAAACCUGUCCUGUACCCCAUAAAUCCUGAACUCAAUGGGAUGUGUGUGCAGAUGCCUUCAGGAGAACGCCAGGUCACUGGUACAGACUCUGAAAGCAUCGAUGAGGAUGACCUUCAGAUGCUUGUCGGUGACCAGAUUUUCCUUGGUUUGAUUUCAACGCAGUAUCAAGCAAGGCCAGAGAUGGUGCGACUUGUUGCUGGAAUGGAUGAUGCCUGCAUUCGUUUUGUUUGGUUUUCUUUGGAAGAGGAAGUAAGAAGCAAGGUCUUUGCAGAAAAGAUGGGCCUAGAGACAGGAUGGAACUGCCAUGUCUCCCUGCAGUCUGAACUCUUCCCACUGUAUAUGGAGAGUGAGAGCUACCAUGACAAAGCAGGAGAUUCUGAAGACGCAGAUUGGUUCACUAAUGAGUCGGGCAUUCCCAGCCUGGAUAGAGAGCAGGAGUCUCUUCUUGAGGAUCUGAACCGGGCAAAACUUCCCAAAGGCAUUGAGAAUGUGCGCCCCCAUCUGGAGAACAUAGACAAUGUGCCACUGCUGGUGCCCCUCUUUACAGACUGCACCCCUGACACCAUGUGUGAGAUGGUGAAGAUCAUGCAGGAGCACGGAGAGGUGACAUGCUGCCUGGGCAGUGGCCUGACCCUCAGAAACUACAAAGUUCUCCUCCAGAGUGACAUCAGCAUUGCUCUGGAACCGUUGUUUCCAUCACCUUGUGGUAUUGAGAGUGGAUGCCCUUCAGUGUUGGUUCCACACAGUCCAGUAGGUCCUACACCUUCAUGUAAUCCCCUGCUCCAGCUUGCCAGUGUCCUCUGUGGUAUGCCCUGUGCUGUUCACCUGACACAGCAGGAAAUUCCUAGCAUCAUCUGCCUCAUCAAACAGGCAAGACAUACAAUAUCUGGCAUCAGAAAGUGCUUCCUCUUUCUCCUGCAGUGCCAGCUCUCUCUGGUCCUUAUUCAGGUUCUAGGCUGUGUGUGCCAGCUUCCUCCUCCUCUUGGCACCACCGAUGUGAUUUGUCUGUCCUGCAUCAGCUUCCCCAUGGUCAGCGUGUCUCUUCUGGGGAAACCCCCUGACAGCACAAUCAUGAAAGUGCCGACAGGCAAAAAUCUUAGAUUCUUACCAAAAAUGACGCAGCAGUUCUUCAUUCUCUACUUUCUAGUCAAGUUUGGCCUAACCAUGUGUACCUACCUGGCUUGCUUUGGAUUUAUGCUCCAUGGAUUCUGCAAGAAGACCCAUCCAGAAUCAGUAGCAGGCUGCCAUCCACAUGCACUUCUAAGGAGGAUAUUCUGCUUUUUCUUCAGGUCUCAUAGCAACAGAACUGUAGCACCAGACUGGUUUGGUGAACAUGCAGACGGCCUCACGUUGGCUCAGAAGGUCAUGGCCCUCUUUGUCUUACUGAAUGGACUGUGCACCUCAGCCAGCCAUGUUCACCGCUCCAACCCACUUUGGAAGCAAAGUCCGCUGAACAAUCGAUGGUGGAUUUCAGUUGUCUGUGCUGCGCUGAUUCUGCAGCUCUUUAAAAUGUCAGCGGCCCACUCUCUGGAGAACAGGGAUCCCAGCUUCGGACUCUCUGACAUUCCAAUAGCCACUUGGCUUCUGGGCUUCCUCUGGCUACUUCCUCUUGUGGCUAUCAAUGAGGCAAUCAAGCUUCAUGAGAUCAGAAUGAGGGUGCGAUACCAGAAGAGGCAGAAGCUGCAGUUUGACACCAAGUUGGGAAUGAACUCUCCUUUCUAAUAUGAUAUGAAGAUGGAAGUCUUUCUGUUUGGCUCCAGUUGUUCUUCUGCUCUUUACCAGUGUCUUCUAUAUCUUUAUAGUGUGUUUCACAGCACAUAAUCAUAAGGUUCUUUAAAAAAUAAAUAAGAAUUGCAUUUAAAGUAGAAAAAUAUCAAAUUGUAAUACUAGA